AUGGGCACUCAUCAAGGUGGAAAAGCGUUUGGCCACUUCAAAUCUCAACAAGAAGAGAAACUGAAUUCUAUCAAUGAGGUGUUUUUAUCUGAUGAGACUUAUGCAGAAGAGGAGGAACUUGCAUCAAAACUGGAACUGUUUAAAAAGAAAUACAUGGAGUUUGACCUCAACGACAAAGGGGAAAUAGACCUGAUGGGUCUGAAGCGGAUGCUCGAGAAACUUGGUUUGGCCAAAACUCACUUAGAGUUGAAGAAGAUGAUGUCAGAGGUCACUGCAGGGUCAUCUCACGACACCAUCUGUUACCAUGACUUCCUCACAAUGAUGCUGGGCAAGAAGAACGCCAUCUUAAAGCUAAUCCUGAUGUUUGAAGGCCUGGGGAAAGAGCAGGGGCAGAACGAACCAGGGCCCCCGUGUCGGAAGACGUUCUCUGACCUUCCAUGA